GCCCUCUGCCCUCUGCCCUCCCUCCUCGUACACGCCUACAUACCUACCCUCCUACCCUCCUACCCUCCGACCCUACACACCGGUCGACCUCCCACCCCUCCAGAGUAUACCCCGGGGCCUAUACCCAAUACAUGGUCAAUCGCCCAUCUCAGCUUGCAUUGAUCGAUAUAAAAAUACAAAAAUUCGCAAUUUCGUUCCCUCUGCUCCCUCCUCGCUCCUCGCUCCUCACACGCAUUAUCGACACAUUGCAUAUUUGCUCACGUACUAUAAGAUACCAUAUAAUAAUAUUAUAUAGACAGACAGACAGACAGACAGACUAUUGUGGAAGGAACGAUUCCCUGGCUUAUUGAAUUUCCCAAAGGUCAAGGCGUCCCUGGCUUUCAUUCCAAACAGAGCACGUCUGUUGUCUCAAUUGCGACCCAUCACAAUCUCAGAUCCUCUCUCUUCCUCUCUUCCUCUUCCUCUCUCGCUCCCCUUCUCUCUCCUCCGCUUUUUCAGAUCCGAAUUCGAAAUCGAAACGUGCAUCUUUCCUUUCUCUCCCCUCGGUCUCUGCAUUCCCAAAAAGGACAGAAAAGAAACAACAAAAGAAGACACAAGAAAGAAAGAAAGAAAGAAAGAAUCCACAAACGCUUGCAUAGCAUUCCAGCAUUGCAUAUACUGCAAUCCACUGCAUCAGCACUGUCGCAUCAGCAUACACACCACGGCCACAACAAAAAACCCCAAGCCCAACCCCAAGAACUCCCACACUCAAUACUUACUCACUCUCACUCUUAUUACUCUCACUCUCACUCGCACUCGCACAAUUGUAAUUAUACACUUCAGUGGUCAUUCUCUCUCUCUCUCUCUCUCUCUCUCUCUCUCUCUCGCAAUUGUCUUCCUUACUUCCUUAAUACAUUUUGUUUUCAUCUCUCAUUGCCCUUUCCUCUUUUGUUAGAUUGUUCUGCUUCCAAAGAACUUCCUUUGUUGUGGUCACCUUUCACCCUCGUCUCGACUUCAUUCAUUCAACGAGGCUUUCCAGCCAAUUCCUGUCCUUUCCGGUACAAGUACCAUCGCCGCCACUAGCCAAUUCGAUUUGGUUUGAACAAAAUCAAAUUCAAGAAACAGUGGUGGUCAAAAUCAUUGGGGCGCAGAAGAUCUAUCAGGUUUCACCAAGAGUCUUACUUUUUGCACCUUUUGCACUGCGGCGCAACGCUUUUCUAAUAAUAACAAGUUGAUAAUCUGAAGACGACUCUUGCAGUAACCACCACAAAGUUGGGCUGCGAAUCAGGGCAAGAUGGAGCACGAUGCAGGGAAGAGACAGCGUGGGAAUAGCAUCACCACUACCCCCGAGAGACCUGCGAAUAAUGAUGGAAGAGCCGUGCCCGAGGCUCAGGUAACGGAGAGACCGCAAGAAUCCAGGGAGAUUAAUAGCCACAACCCUCAGGGAUAUGGUUUACAAUCGACCAAUACAUUCACAGCUAGCAGUAGCUCACCACCCACAAAUCCGGCCCCCAGAUAUCCGUUUGAACGAUCUACGACCUCAUCUAGCCAAGAAGUUUCCGAUGUGUCAAAGAAAAGUACACAGACCGUGGUCAAGCCAGCACUAGAACCCCCCGUCACCAAAUCAACAUUAAGUGAACUCGAUGUGAAUAAGAUCGUACACAAUCCCAAACUCCGACACGACAUCAACUUCGACCCGGAUUUACACUUUAGACCCAAUCUGGAUGGAGAAAAGGGACGUAAGAAGAGCCAGAAGGCCAACGACUUCUGGGACACGAUGCGGUCACAACUGGAAGGCUUUUUGAUGAGUAAAGACCGUGAGCAAUUUGAGAAAGAUUUAGGAGAUGCCGAGUGGUGCUUGCCAGCCACGCUUAAAGCCAUCAAAGGCAUUUUAGAAACAUUAGUCCCACAGCGAGACCGGUCAUCGGUCGAGGAGACCUUUAACGUCGAUCUGUUAAUGCAGCAAUUUCGAAAAGGUGUCGCCGAUCUGAAUAAACUUGCGUUGUGGCUAUCGCAACUUUUGAAGUGUCAUUGUGCGCCAAUGCGAGAUAGUUGGGUUGAUGAGAUGGUCGUUCACUUGAGUGAGGGUAACCAAAACGGAGAUGUAGCAAUGUUGGUCUCCGGAAUGCGAAAUCUACUGGGUGUCUUGGAAGCUAUGAAGCUUGAUGUUGCAAAUCAUCAGAUCAGGUGUUUGCGCCCGCUGCUCAUCGAAGACACUGUCCAAUUUGAGCAAAAAUUCUUUGUGAGAAAAAUUGCAAUGGGUAGAGUAGACAUCGCUUCGGCCCAUGAUUGGUUCAGAAGGGCAUCAAACUUGCCAGAUAGUCUUCCCUCGGACGCAUCAACACGAACUCAGGGAAACACGUGGGACUUCAUGAAAGCACUUGUAAAUUUAACACUGCCAUCGAAAGCACUAGAGCCUGUCCCUCACACCUUCCUAUUCGAUGAGGAGCGCCUUGUCAAACUUCGUGCGGAUAUGCUCGAUCUAAUCAACCUCGAGAUCUGUAUGUUCCUCUAUCACAAACUCGAUGCGGCAUCCAAAUCGAACGAGGCCCGAUCUGUCCCGCAGGAUGAUACACCCGCUGCUUCCUCUUACAUCUCUUCUCCUGCAGAUGAAGGGGUACUUUCGGCGCCCACUGUGCCCUCAGAGAACGACUUUACAGCCAAACGGAAGUAUAAUCAUAUCGCACAGGAAAAAGGUCAUUUCUCGAGAGAACUUUCAGGUCGACAAGUAUGGGUACCAAAUCUAGAAGACGAAGCCAUGGACUCCCUGUCAUCCAGCCCAAGAUCAUCUCCAUCAACAACUGCAUCUACGCCCGAGACCUCUCCUGUAACACCACUUUACCUGUCUAUUCAGAAUUCCGACUCUACAUCACAAGUGCGCACCUCUCUACAAGCACUCCUUGCUUCUUCUUCGUCACAAGAUAGGUGGGCGGUGUUAUCCUCAAACAUUGCUUUACAAAUCCUUCGCUCAACACCAACACCUAUGGCGCGCCUUCCAGUAUUCGAAUCACAUCUUCAAUUUCAUCUCUCAAAUUCUCAAUCCAGGCUCUACCAGGAAGCAGAAACGUACAUAAUCUCGAAACUUUUCCCCGAAUUACAAAAGCUUGUCGAGUCGUAUACUCCUUUAACGAGUCUCCAAAUAUUUGAUGCGGCCACAUCACCAAAGCCUACGAAUGGACUUUUACCCCUCAAUACCCAAGCAAGUGGACAGAGGGAGGAAAUUUCAGAUAUCGCAACCAGAAUUGCCCAUAUUGGUAUUCUACACUGGCGGGUCUGGGCACCAUUAGCAUAUCUUGUUAAUCCUGAUGCUGAGGAUGAAGCAGACGUCAACAUGAUUCAAGAUGCCGAUUUGCCGGUGGUCGAGUCUUGAAGGAUUGACAAACUGCGUAUCUGCAAACAUCAAUUUUUCGAGGGUGCAUUUUAACAGCAGAACCGAGCCGUAGAAACAGCAUUUCAAAAGGUCCACUCACCCGGAGUCAUAUUCAAGCCAAACUCCGGAUACGUUAUUGCGGCAAACAUUAUAUGAAUAUGAAAGAAACAAUAUCUCCCAAGAUGGCUGGAGACGCACUACUCCUAUUACAUAUACCAAAAAGUUUGGAAGUCGCCCUGUAAUCUUUAUUAAAACUUUACUUACCACAUCUUUUAUAAACUCGCAUUGUUUUUGGAGUCAAUUGGGGCUGGGCAAGUCGGUUCGGAUUCCGAUCUUGCAUACCUGCAUUUUUCUUCAAUUUUUUUUUUUUGAAAUUCUGAUACCCAACGUCUGUCGUUUCCUUCGCAUCAAUCGACUACAAAUAUCUGUACAAUAGUUGUCGAACCAUGAUUCAUGGUUGGUGUGUUUAUUAUCUGGGGAGCACUUAAAUUCCACGCAUCACUUAAGGGGUUCGGUUGGGGCCAAAACUUUUUUUUUGAUCAUUUCGAAUGGUUUAUCUAUCUAUUAGAUACACAUUUGGAGUACGCGUGUGUGUGUGUGUGUGUGUCUUUUUUGUUUUAUUUUUCAACCAACCAAUUUGGCAAGGUGCAUGUUAGUAUGUUUGGGCAUGCGAAGUUUGUUAUUUCAAUUGGUGUUUUUUUUUUUGGAUAUGGCGGAAUGGGAUGGGAUAGGUUGGGAUGAUAGGUGCAUAAUGUUAGAUCUCGUCUAGACUUUCAGUGGGGGAAAUAAAGAUUAAGGGAUGAAUUUGAUUGUGAUGAGAAGCAAUGGCCUGUUUGAAUUGCAAGGAUUGGUUGGAUUGAGUGUUUUGAAUUGCGCGGUUGGUUGUAUAUUUUGGUAACUUUGACAACUGUGUGCGAGUAAAUGAAUACAAUGGAAAAUAUUAAGAAUUC